AUGGCCAUCGCAUAUGACACGUCUUUGAGUGUCGAGGAACAGGCGUCCAUUAACGUGGAUGCGCUCGUCAAUGACAGCGAUAACGAGCCUUUACGGGUUACUCCAAUCACCCCGAUUAGCAGCCAGCUAUUCGACCAAGGCCGUCGAUCCACCCCCACUAUACCACCAGGUUUCACGAUCCCCGCCAUCCCCAAAACCGUCAUGGAAGGGCCUCAUCCCCGCCCUGGAUCUCUGCUAAUGUCUCGGACCAACUCAUCGAAUAUCACGCCAGCCAUACCUGUUGUACCUGUGACUCCAAUUCAGGCCUCCACGCCCAACAAGGCCACCAAGGUCAAGCCCAAGAGUGAUGCCGUUGAACCAGCGACCCCGAAAGCUACUUCCACACCGACUUCUGCAGUUAAGCCCCAGCCUACCACGCCUUCGAAAACCGUGACAAAGGAGGCAGUCGUGGUACCACAGACCCCCAAGGAGCCAACCCCGAGAGAAGCGUCCAGGAAAGCGAAGGGCGAGACAGUUCAGACACCAAAGUCAACGCCAGAGACGAGAAGGUCAAUAUCGGAGAUAGUUGCGAAAGAUGCGUCAAAAGCCAAGGAAAAUUCGAAGAAAAUCCAGCCUCCGACCCAAACAACUCCUAAAAAGGACACACAGAAGGAGCCCGCGCGUACCCCGGCUGCUAAUGUGAAACCAACAUCGACAAAGAGGCAGCCUCCCGGGAAGCUCGAUAUCCCAUCAGCCACUAAGGCAUCCAUUGAAGAGGAGUCUGUAGCUUCGACAUUGACCAAAGCAGACUCUCAGACUAAGAAUACACGUUCGUUGCCUGCAACUGCAACUGUUUCCGUACCUCCAAGCCCUGCUGCAGCUACAGGAUCACCAAUCAAGCGCACAGCUGCACCCAGAACUCUACGGGUGAUUGCAACACCUAAAGCUGAAGUCCCAUCACCCCUAUCUACGGCAUCAGCGCCAUCCUUGCCCCAGAUACCAACCGUCGAUAAACUCAGGUCCAGGCAGGCGAGCAUUGCCUCUAUCAAUCAGCCAGGCACACCCGCCAGCGAUCUGAUAUCAGACACCGCUUCGAUCACUUCCACGUCUAUGUCGAGAGCUAGCUCGCCUCCCCCCGUUGGCAAAAUUGGUUCUGCACCUAUGAGAAAGAAGACCAAGUCUCAGGCCAAAAAGGAUAGGCAAGAACGAAAGAAGCAGAUAGAAGAGGAGCAGCUAGAAGACAAUAAGUCUGAUGUUGAAGUGAUGCAAGCCCCGAUCAUCGGCCGCAAGAAGAAGGCAAAGAAACCCACGGCUAAUCCCAAGCCAAUUGCGGCGGCCUUUAAGAGUCAACCAGCUUCACCCAAACCAGCCACUGUUGAGGAAGAACAUGUCGAGACACCAGCUGCAGUACCGCGUGCGGCCACCACUGCAAAGGUUUCCACGCCAGAGCCAGAGCCAGAGCCAGAAGCGGAACCCGAACAAUCAAAAGAGAGGCGCGAGUACAAUGCACAAGCGAUCAUAGCUGACCUACAACGUACGGGCGAACUCUUAGCAUCUACGCUUGAGUUUUUCAAGCCAUUGUCUUCUUCACUUACUCAUGUCUCCCGCACUGCUCAAUCGGGUCACAUGGCUACGCCUCCGGAUCUCAAGCUACACUUUUCGCAAGCCGACCUUGAUGCGCUUGCAAAGAAGAAGCCAGUGCGACUUAACAGCCAUGACGGAAGGCCUGACUCGCGGACGCUUAUCACGCCUAAGGGAAAGUUCUUCUACGGCCUUAGCGAAGAACUGGAGGCGAAAGCGCUGGAUCUUGAAAAGCAUAUCGAGGCACUCAAAGGUCACGCUCGUUUCCAUCCUCGUAGGCAAACAGCACACGGCCACUCCUUGGCUGCUCAGUCGCAUUCGAACGAUGUUCUCCCUGCAAUUGCUACUGCACUGCAGGAGGCUGGAAAGAAGCUCAACACCAACGGUGGACAGCAGAUGCCAAAACUUGAUGGUUCUUCCGCGAUGUUGGGAUCGACAAACCUUCCUUUGCCUCCCGUACAAGCGCAGGACGUGCCUAUCCCGCAGGUUCCUCCACCACCACAACAGCAGACACCAGCCGAUGCCGGCGCUUACCUCAACCAAUACGUUCUACCUCGAACAGAUAACCCGCCACCCAACCAGCCACGCCCUGAGAUGGCUGCUGUGGGAGGACCACCUGGUGCUGGAACAGCGAACAUGUCGGUCAAUGCUAAUAAGUUUGCCAAGGCAGCGAAAGCGGUCGUUGAAGGUGGUGCAGUAGGAAGUACAGAAAUCGAUGGCGUCGGUGUGAUGGCCGCAGACCGAUUAGGUGGUGUCUUCGUUCAAGGCCUUGAAGCACUCGUUGGCGCUGGUCUCGGCUACGAUCCAACACACGAUUUCAGUAGAAGCACUUCUAUGAAACCAGGAGCCAAGAAGCCUUCAUUGGAAGAGUAUGUUAACAACAUGGAUAUGAAAACCUUGAUCAAUGCGAUGGAGGCUGCGACUGGUAUGGAGGGAGUUGUCAGCAGCCAAUGGAGAGGUAGUCUACUCAGUGUUGGAGAGGCAGAGCAGGCGGUUCACGCGGCAAGGAAGGAGCAUGAUGUGCUUGAAAAGAAACUGACUGCGCUCGUGAAGAAGAACAGGAAGCUGGCGCUGGGUGGAGGAAAAUGAGGUUGUGGGGGCUUGCGGGUGUGUGUAUGAUAUUUGUACUUGAGCCGGAAAGUAGAGUACCUGGGACAGAAGAGGAUUUGAGAUGGGAGUAAAACAACACGCGCAAUAAUGCGACAGUGUAUCCUUGUAUUUUGACACUAAUCAAUUCGCACGUGUCGAUUGAA